CCGCCGCCGCCGCCGCGGGCAUGGCCAAGCCGGCGGACCACGUCAAGCGGCCCAUGAACGCCUUCAUGGUGUGGUCACGGGCGCAGCGGCGCAAGAUGGCCCAGGAGAACCCCAAGAUGCACAACUCGGAGAUCUCCAAGCGGCUGGGCGCCGAGUGGAAGCUGCUGAGCGAGGCCGAGAAGCGGCCCUUCAUCGACGAGGCCAAGCGCUUGCGGGCCAUGCACAUGAAGGAGCACCCGGACUACAAGUACCGCCCGCGGCGGAAGCCCAAGACUCUGCUCAAGAAGGACAAGUUCGCCUUCCCGGUGGUGUCCUACGGCCUGCCCGACGCCGCCGACCCCCACGCCCACCCCCUGGGGCCGCACCACCCGGCACUCAAGGCCGGCGCCCUCCACGGCCACGAAGCCCUCCUGGCCAACCCGGAGAAAGCCGCCGCCGCCGCCGCCGCCGCCGCCGCCCGCGUCUUCUUCCCUCCCUCUGCCGCCGCCGCUGCCGCCGCCGCCGCCGCCGCCGCGGCGGGCAGCCCGUACUCGCUGCUCGACCUGGGCUCCAAGAUGGCAGCGGAGAUCUCGUCCUCCGCCACGGCGGGCUCGGGGGCCGGCGGAGGUGGCGGCGGCGGCUCGGGCGCCGGACUGCCCUACGCGGCCUCCUCGUUGGCUUACCCGACGGCUGGAGGCGCCUUUCACGCCGCUGCGGCUGCUGCCGCCGCCGCCGCCGCCAGCGGGGGGCACAGUCACUCGCACCCAUCCCCCGGCAACCCCGGUUACAUGAUCCCCUGCAACUGCAGCGCCUGGCCCAGCCCGGGACUCCAGCCGCCGCUGGCCUACAUCCUGCUGCCGGGCAUGGGCAAACCUCAGCUGGACCCCUACCCGGCGGCGGCCUACGCCGCGGCCCUAUGACAACCAGCGCCCUGCUUGGGAGCCCGGUGCCGAGAAGAUCCGGGCGGCCUCGCGGGGCUCGGACUGUAGCCGCAGGAAAGGCGCCGGCAAUCAGCCCCGCCCCGUCGGAUGCGCCGCCUGGCUCCCCGUGAGAACCCCUCAGCCUGGCGCUCGGCUCGCUCUCGCUGCAGCUCCGGAGCCGAGAACCCACGCUUCCCGCAAACGGCGGUGGGCAUCCGGCUUGUUUCCCGGCGGCGCUGGAGAGGCCGAGGAGUCGCUGCCUCCCCGAGGCUUACUCUCCGGGAAGACUCCGCCUGCUACUGCAGGCCCCAGUUCCGACGUCCCUGGGAGUAGCUCUGCCUUCCUGUCCCCUCCUUUCCUUUCCGUCUGCCGCUUUCUCUCCCUCGCCCACAAAGCCCAAACCCUAUCCCGAUCCACAGUCCCGAGCAAAUGCUAAGCAAGUCGCCCCAGCCCAGCCCCGAAAUAAGCACGAGGUUUUAUUUUAAAUCGAUGUCUGUCUGUCUGUCUGGAUGCUACUGGGGAAAACAGAAG